AUGGCUCCACCACCUGCAGCAUCCGGCCCAUCACGGACAGUGAAGCGGCCAGCUCCGGGCGCUGCUGGCCGUCCCGCUGCCAAACCCCGGCCCUCCAUCACCCCAGCCCCUGCCAGUGGUUCAAAGGCCGCCUCCACCGCGCCUGGCACUGGCACUGGCGCUGGCGUGCGGAAAGGCAAGAUGCCUGUUCGGGGACCAAAGGCUCAGGCCCAGUCUAACCUUCAAGAAGGAGAGGAGGAGUGGGCCGAGCUCAUGCGCAAGACCCAUGGUCCAAAGGGUGCGGACUGGUACGCCAAGGGUAUGAAGACUGUCGAGGACAAGUGGGAGCUGCUCCCGGCCUUCCUCAAGGUCAAGGGUCUCGUUAAGCAGCACCUCGACUCGUUCAACUACUUUGUUCACACCGACAUCAAGGCUAUCCUACACGCCAACUCGCUGGUGCAGUCAGAUGCCAACCCUCGCUACUACAUCAAAUACACCGACAUCCGUAUCGGUCGCCCACUACGCAAGGAGGUCGGCGCGGUCAACCAGCGACUAACCCCUAUGGAAUGCCGUCUUACCGACAAUACGUAUUCGGGCGGUAUCUACGUCGACAUUGAGUACACGCACGAGGACAAGAUCCGCAAGCAGCAGGGCAUUCACAUUGGCCAGCUGCCGAUCAUGCUGCGCUCCGACUUGUGUCACCUCGCAAGCAAGGGGGAAGCUGAGCUUGCGCGCAUGGGCGAGUGCCCGCUCGACCCAGGUGGCUACUUUGUGGUCAAGGGCACGGAGAAAGUCAUUCUGGUGCAAGAGCAACUGAGCAAAAACCGUAUCAUCGUCAUGGCGGACCCGAAGAAGGACGUUGUCACGGCUGAAGUAACCUCGUCGACCCACGACCGUGUCGUCAAAACAUAUGUCACGACGGCCAAGAAGUGUAUCUACUUGCGACACAACUCGUUCCGCGACCCUAUCCCGAUUGUCAUCGCCCUCAAGGCCAUGGGCCUGACGAGCGACAAGGAGAUUCUCCAGAUGACAUGUGGCUCGGACGAGCGGUACCAGGAGGCGUUCGGUGUAUCUCUGGAGGAGGCGACUAGGCUGAAGAUCUUGACGAAGCGCCAGGCGCUGGAGUGGAUUGGUCAGCGCGUGUCGCCAAACCAGGACAAGGACGACCGCACGGCUGGACAAAAGCUCACCCUCGCGGACGUUGCGCAGCAGGCGCUUGCUACAAUGGUCCUUGGUCACGUUCCGGUUAGCAACAUGAACUUUAGGCCAAAGUCGAUCUACCUGAGCACCAUGACGCGCCGUGUCCUCAUGGCCAUGGUCGACCCUCACAUGGUCGACGACCGUGACUACGUUGGUAACAAGCGUCUCGAGUUGGCCGGCCAGCUGCUCUCGCUCCUGUUUGAGGACUCCUUCAAGACGUUCAACUCGGACCUGAAGAAGCGCAUGGACAAGAUCUUGGAGAAGAAAUCGCGCGCAGGGCCGUUCGACGCGUCGUCGCUUGUGCGCGUGGGCGGCAGCGACAUUAUCACGUCGGCUUUCGUGCGUUCCAUCUCUACUGGUAACUGGUCGUUGAAGCGUUUCCAUGUCGAGCGCGCAGGUGUCACCCAUGUCCUGUCGCGGUUGUCGUUCAUCGCCGCACUCGGCAUGAUGACGCGUAUCACGUCGCAGUUCGAGAAGACCCGCAAGGUCUCCGGCCCACGUGCAUUGCAGCCCUCACAGUGGGGCAUGUUAUGUACGUCCGACACACCCGAAGGAGAAGCCUGUGGUCUGGUCAAGAACCUCGCGCUCAUGACCCACAUCACCACCGAUACGCCGGAGGACCCGCUCAUCAAGCUCGCGUUCAUGCUCGGCGUCGAGGAUAUCAAUCUUAUGACCGGCAACGAGCUGUACACACCAGGCGUACACCUCGUCCAGGUCAACGGUACCCUUAUCGGUGUCACCUCGUUGCCGAAGCGCUUCGUCCAGACCUUCCGCAGACUGCGCCGAGCCGGCCGCACAUCCGAGUUCGUGUCGAUUUUCAUCAACACCCACCAGCGCGUCAUCUACAUCGCGUCUGACGGUGGCCGUAUCUGUCGUCCCCUCAUCAUUGUGGAGAACGCCCAUCCAAAGGUCACGCAGGAGCACAUGCAACUCCUCAAGGAGGGCAAGGUUACAUUCGACCACUUCCUGCGCUCCGGUCUCGUCGAGUACCUGGACGUCAACGAGGAGAACGACUCGUACAUGGCCUGUUACGAGCACGAGAUCACCGAAGACACAACCCACCUCGAGAUCGAGCCAUUCACCAUCCUCGGCGCUGUCGCCGGCCUUAUUCCCUACCCCCACCACAACCAGUCGCCGCGUAACACUUAUCAGUGCGCCAUGGGCAAGCAGGCGAUCGGAGCGAUCGCAUACAACCAGCUCAACCGCAUCGACACUCUCCUCUACCUCAUGACAUACCCGCAGCAGCCGAUGGUCAAGACCAAGACGAUUGAGCUCGUCGGUUACGACAAGCUUCCCGCCGGCCAGAACGCGACUGUCGCUGUCAUGUCGUACUCUGGCUACGAUAUUGAGGACGCGCUCAUUGUCAACCGUGCGUCUGCGGACCGCGGCUUCGGGCGUUGCCACGUCCUAAAGAAGCAGACUAUCCCCCUCAGGUCGUUCCCGAACGGUACUUCGGAGCGCCUGGCACUGCCACCGGCUGAGAUGCGCCCAGACAGCCACGGCUGGUUAGACAACGAUGGCCUCGUCGCGCCCGGCGCGGUCGUGGCACAGGGUGACAUCCUCGCGGCGCGUGAGACACCGCUUGACACCCGUGGUGCCGGUGGACCAGGGGCCACGUUCAAGCCGUCGCCUGUCGUGUACAAGCUGCCCGAAUCCGCGCUUAUCGACAAGGUCAUGGUGACGGACACAGAGGACGGCAACCAGCUCAUCAAGAUUCUCACGCGCCAGACGCGUCGGCCAGAACUCGGUGACAAGUUCUCGUCGCGCCACGGACAGAAGGGUGUGUGCGGCCUCAUCGUGCCGCAACAGGACAUGCCGUUCAACGACCUCGGCAUCUCACCGGACAUUAUCAUGAACCCUCACGGUUUCCCGUCGCGUAUGACGGUCGGCAAGAUGAUCGAGCUGCUGAGCGGCAAGGCAGGCGUGCUCUCAGGCAAGCUGCAGUACGGUACGGCGUUCGGUGGUUCCAAGGUUGUCGACAUGAGCGAGAUCCUCGUCGACAAGGGCUUCAGCUACGCGGGCAAGGACAUGUUGCAGUCUGGCAUCACGGGCGAGCCGCUCGAAUGUUACGUCUACUUCGGCCCGAUCUACUACCAGAAGCUCAAGCACAUGGUCAUGGACAAGAUGCACGCGCGUCCGACGGGUCCGCGCGCCAACCUGACCCGCCAGCCGACCGAAGGUCGUUCCAAGGACGGUGGUCUGCGUUUGGGAGAGAUGGAGCGUGACUGCCUGAUCGGCUACGGAGCGACGCAGCUCCUUCUCGAGCGCCUCAUGAUCUCGUCGGACGCAUUCGACGCGCAGGUCUGCGAGGCGUGCGGCAUGCUCGCCUACUCGGGCUGGUGUAAGGGAUGUGCGAGUUCCAAGGCAGUGGUGAAGAUCACCAUGCCGUACGCGGCCAAGCUCCUCAUCCAGGAGCUGCUGGGCAUGAACAUCCUCCCGAAGCUCAUGAUGGAGGACACGGUGUAG